AUGUCAUCACCAUCUACACCAAUUAAAAGCUCAGCAGAUUUACAGAACGAACAGCAAUCAACGCCAAGCAAAGUUACAAUUAAUAUUGAAACUGCAAAUAAAGAAGAGCUAAUCGAAUUUAUUAAAAGACAAGCUUUGCACAUCAAAAAACAUGAGAGUAAAAAUGCAACUAUUAUAGAAACAUAUAAGAAAUUAAAGUCAGAAUACUUGGAGCAAACAAAGAAAUUUGAUAAUCAACAAGAAGAGAUAAAACUAUCAAAAGAGACUUCCCAUGCAAUUAUUGAUUCGUUACAAUCUGAGAUCAAUGAUUUAAAAAAAAAUCAACAAACUUUUAAAACAUUGGCUCAAAUGAAAGAUCAAAUCGAAGAAAACCUUCAAACUAGAUUUCAACAAGAAAAGUUAAUUUUUAACGAAGAGCGUAUUAAAAUUGAAAAUGAAUUAAAAGAAAAAACAAAUCAAUAUAACGAAUUAUUAAAUGAAAAUUUUCAAAUAAAAUCAAAUUCAGAAAAUGAUAAAAAUGAAAUUAUCAAUUUAAGUGAAGAUUUAGAAAUAUUAAAGCAACAACAAAAACAACAACAACUUGGUUAUCAUAGUAAUGAAGAACAAUUUAAAUCUCAAAUUAAUCAAUUAAAAGAAGAAUUAGAAUCAGUAAAACAAGAAAAAGAGCAAAUGGAUCAAACUAAAAAUGAUAUUGAUAAUGAUCAGCUUAUUAACCAAAUUAAUCAAUUAAAUGAACAAAAUAAAGAAUUAAUGGAACAGUUAGAAAUACUAAAAGAACAACAUCAACAACAAUUGGCUCAAUCUAAUAACGAAGAUCAAAUUAAUCAGCUAAAUCAUGAAAACAAUCAAUUAAAAGAUCAAUUAGAAUCAUUAAAACAACAAGAUAGCGAUAAAGAGGAAUUAUUAAAUCAAAUUGAAAAAUUAAAUCAAGAUAAUAAAGAAUUAUUAGAUCAACUAGACUCUCUUAAUAAUAAUAAUAAUAAUAAUAAUCAAAAUGAACAACACGACAAUGCUGAAUAUGAAAAUCAAAUUAACAAAUUAAAAGAAGAAUUAGAAUUACUUAAAGACAAAAGAGCUGAAGAAAUUAACCAAUUAAAUGAAGAAAAUAAUCAAUUAAAACAUCAAUUAGAAUCAUUAAAUAAUCCUCUUCAAAACAACUCCCAAUAUGAAAAUGACAUCAAUCAACUAAAAGAAGAACUGGAAUCAUUGAAGCAACAACAAGAAAAAGAAAAGCAGGAUAUUCAUCAAGAAUUUACAUCCCAAAUUAACCAACUAAAUGAUGAAAACAAUCGUCUAAAAGAAGAUUUAGAAUCAUUACAAGAAAAUCAUGAACAACAAAAAUCUCUUCACAGUGGUGGUCAGGAACAAAUUAACCAAUUAAAUCAACAAAUUCAACAAUUAAAUGAGCAGUUAGAAUCAUUAAAAGAGCAACACCAAUUAGAUCAAAAUAAUAUUAAUAAAGAACAUAAUAAUGAAAUCGACCAAUAUAAAGAACAGCUAGAAUCAUUAAAAUUAGAAAAAGAUCAAUAUCAAUCACUUCAAAAUACAAAUAAAGAAGAGAGCGCUCACCAAAUCAAUCAAUUAAACGAACAAAAUAAUCAAUUAAGAGAUCAAUUAGAAUCAUUACAAAAACAACAAUCUGCUCAAGAUACCGACAACAUUGAUAAAAUUAAUCAACUUAAUCAACAAAAUGAUGAGUUAAAAGAAGAGCUUAAAUCAAUUAAUGAACAGAAAUCAAAUCAAGAUAACAGCAUCAACUAUUGGAAGGAUGAAAAUAAUCAAAUUAGAGAAGAUUUGAAACUAUUAAAAGAACAACAUCAACAACAACAAUUGGCUUUAGAUAACCAAAUUAAUCAAUUAAAUGGUGAAAACACUGAAUUAAAGGAUCAAUUAAACUUGGUAAAAGAACAAUAUGAAAAGCAACAAUCCAAUCAAAAUGGCACUAUUGAAGAAAAUUUAAAUCAAAUUAGCCAAUUAACAGAACAACUAGAAUCACUAAAAGAACAAAAUCAACAAAUUGAAGAUCAAAAAUCAAAAGAAAAUCAAGACCAAUUAAAAGAUAAAUUACAAGAAAUAAUAGAUCAACCACCAUCAACUGAAAAAGAAAACAAUAGCGAUGAAUAUUUAAAUCAAAUUAAUCAAUUAAACAAUAAUAAUAAUGAAUUAAAUAAAGAACUAGAAGAAUUAAAAUCAAAAUAUGACACCUUAUUAAAUAAUAAUAGUAAUAAUAAUAGUAAUAAUAUUAAUAAUCACUUACAAUCAAAUAAAUUUAAUAAUGAAUAUUCGGAAAGUUUACCAUUAGAUAAAAAGAUUAGCUUAAUAUUGGAAGAAGAAGAAAGUGAAAGUGAAAAAGAAACCAUCUCCGUUGUUGAACAAGAUAAGAUUGAAGAAGAAAAACUAAAAGAGCAAAAAUUAAAAGAGCAAGAAGAAGAAGAAACCAUUAAUCAAAUUAAAAAAGAAACUAAAGACUUUUAUGAACAUUUUAUCAAUGAAAAAGAAAAUACUAUCCAAUUUUUAAAUAAGCAAAAACAAGAGAUUCAAGAUAUUAUCAAUGAACAAAAAGAUGAAAUAGAGAAAUUGCAAUCAUUGAAUGAAUUAAAAGAAAAAGAACUUUUAGAAUAUGAACAAAAUUCAACUCAGCAAACUAAAACACUUUAUCAAGAGAUUGAACAAAUAAAAGAGCAAUUAAGUCAUCAUGAACAAUUGAAAUCAGAACUUAACUCUGCAUUAAAAGAAUUAGAAAAAGAUAAUCAAGAAUUAAACAGACAGCUAUUAGAUACCAAGCAAGUUCACUCCUCAUCAAAGAUCAAGAAAUAG